AACUCAGACCUUCGGAAGGAAAACACGUUUCUGUUUAGCGAAGGGGAAGAGCGGCUCAGGUUUUCUCUCUCCGUAUUACACUAAAAUUGGGAACAUAUUCAUCGCCCCUUCGUCACCAAUUUAUCUUAUGUUGCAGAGAUUUCUACUCAGCUUCUUCAUCACCCAUACUUGGAAGGUGAAUUGUUCUGGCUGAAUAUCCUUGAUCAGAUACUGGAUUUUGUUAUCAGGAAACUCUUUACUUGUUUCUCCCGGAAACAGCUGUAGAGGAGGUUAGAGAUGGAUUUGGAGACGGAGAAUAAAAUAGCUGCUAUUCUUUUGAAAGAGGCAGCAGAGCUGCGACGACAAGCUGAGAAGGAGGGCGUGCAUGCUUAUAUUCAUCAGCCCACGGUUAGGGGACGCCCCAAUUCACGUUUCUUGACUGCAACUGUUCUUGGUGUACAACAAGCAAAUCGUGCUGUUGAAGUAAAUGAAAUGUGGCGGUUAAGGCAGAAAGAGAAAGAGCUGGAUAGUAGGCUCAGAGGGUCAAGAAAUGGAAGUAGCAAGAGGAGAAGUGGCAGCGAUGUUUCCAAUACUUCCAGGAGUACAAGUAGGGAAUACUAUGACAAUGAGUCACAUUCAAGUGCUUCAUCUUCGUCAAAGAAAAGAGUUACCCGGGAGAGUCAUCCAAGCAAGGACGAUGGUCUAAAGGACGAUGAGAUGGAGGAAUUUCUACAUGCAAGGAUCAAGCGAGGCAGGGGUGAUGUUGGAUCAAGGAUGGAUGAAACUGGCCCAUACCUUCCUACUAGUCCAAAUUCCAAGCAAAAACAGUCAGGAUGCCCCGAUGAAGAGCUUAGAAAAAAACGUAUUUUGAUAGGUCCUGAAAAGCCUUUUUCACUGAAGUCAGAUGAUGAAUCUUCUCAAGAUAAGAAAAAGAAGGCAAAGAUGCUAGGCUCAAGCAAACGUCACUCUAAGAAAUAUACAUCCAAAGAAAAGUCGAAGGACAAGGAGAGAGAGAGGAGGGAGGAAAAAAAGAGAAAACAUCACAAAUGAUGGUUUUAUGGCAUGUGUAUUGUUUUUCAGCUAGGUCGUUAUAACUUGUGAUCAUUUAUGUUAUUUCGUAAUAUAUUUCUUGUCUGUACAUGUAUGAAAAAUGUUUUUGUUUAGUUCUAUCAAAAGAAUAAUUUGUAAAUUCUUUUU